UGCCAAAACCGAACCGCGUCAACCACUCUCACGUCUUUCAAUAUCUGGAAGAACCUUCCCUUUGAAACUCUCAUACUUCAUUAAUUCCAUAAUAACAACUCUGCCUCCAUAUCUAACCAAACUGACCGGUUCUUCAUCAGCUAUGGCUUCUUCUGUACACUUUCACUCCAUCCUUGCUCUCACAGUCCUUGCUGUUUUGCUUCCAUGGCCCGCCACCAGCGAUAUUGCUCUUCCACCUCUCUUGUCCUCCAUUUUUGAUAAUGUGUGUGACAAAGGAGGACUGUGUGGAAAAGGGAAAUGCAAGGAAUCAACAAAUAGCGUUUUAGGUUAUGAAUGUGAAUGUGCAGCUGGAUGGAAACAAACUCGAUCUCAAAAUGAUACCUUCUUCAAGUUUAUGCCUUGUGUAAUCCCCAACUGUUCUGUUAAUUACUCUUGUGGAGAGGGAGAAGCACCUGCUCCUGCACCUGCUAAAAGAGCCGAUCGUUCAAUUAGUUCAAUCUCUGAUCCUUGCAACUGGGCGGACUGUGGAGGGGGGAAGUGCAAAAGAAACUCUACACUUUCAUUAACCUAUACUUGUGAAUGCAAUGAAGGAUACUUCAAUCUGCUCAAUUCCACUGCUCUCCCGUGCGUCAGAGCUUGUGCACUUGGAAUGGACUGUAAUAAUCUGGGGUUUGGUUUGCCAAAUAACUCAAGCACUCCUCCAUCCCCAAGCUCAUCUGAUAGUAAUGAAGCUUGCUCAAUCAUCAUGGGAGGUGGAUUUUUCUGGAAGGUUAUUGCAGCAACAUCACUGGCCAUAGUUUUCUUGAAUUAGAUGUAAAGGAUGGAUGAUAUUUAUACCUACUAUACAUGAACGAAUAAACAAAACAAGAUAAACAAUAGUUACUGUGGUAGAUUUUGGGUUGUAUAGAGUUACCAAAUCUUUGUUGUCCCACAUUAGAAAAAUAAGUAGAGUUGCUUUGAAUGUAAGUGUCCACCUCGCUCCAUUAGUAUGAAGCCUUUUGAGAGGUUCCCACGGUCCGAGCAAUCUUUAUGAGCAUUUUGAUGUAUCAUGUUUUGCCUUUUUUAUAUUCUCAUGCAUUCAUACUUUUGGUUUGGGCCUUGGGGUCUAUUUUUAAUAUCAGAUAUUGAGUUUGGUGUUCAUAUUCAUGGAUGGAAUAUUUUCUUUUUUACUGCAAUCUAUGUUUGUUUGCCUGUCAUGUAUGCAUUUAUAGAUAAGCUGUGCAAAAAAGUGGGAUGUGGAAAAGGGAAUUGCAAGGCAUCGGGAAAUAGUAUUUUAGGUUAUGAAUGUGAAUGUGAUCCUGGCUGGAAACAAACUCUUCUUCAAAGUGACAAUUCCUUCAAGUUUCUGCCAUGUGUUAUCCCCAACUGUUCUAUAAACUUUUCGUGCGGGGAAGAUGCUCCUGCCCCUGCUGCACCAGAUAAAAGAGCCAAUCGUACAUCUUUCUUCGAGCCUUGCUAUUGGGCCGAGUGCGGUGGGGGAUCAUGCAUGCAGACUUCUGCACUAACCUACACUUGUGAAUGCAGCAAGGGUUACUCAAACCUUCUCAAUAUCACAGGUUUCCCUUGCUUCAAAGAAUGCGCACUGGGAUUGGAUUGUAACAUGACAAAUAAAUCAUCUAGUCCUCCAACUGCAACACCCAGCCUAACUCAUAACAAUAGCAACAAAGCUAGCGGCUUUAUCGACGGAGGCGGCCUUGUCUUAAAAUCUGUUGCAGCAGUAUCAGUAGCCAUGUAUUUUUUGAAGUAGACAGAUGCUGGAGUGGUAUGAGAUUCUACAUAUGCAUUUAUCACCACUAGAUUGGUUAAGCUAAGGUUUAGAUCUUUUUUUCUUUCCCUUCAUAUUUCUUAUUUUCUACCAUUGAUGCUGCUGCUCUGUUGCGCCAGACAUUAUGGGGGCGUUUGGUAGGAUGUAAAGUAAUUACUUUGCAGGCGAAGUGUAAGGAUGUAAAAUGUUUACACUGUUUGGUUUGAUUAUUUAAUGUAAAUUGUAGGACAUUUUUUUAAAACAUUUCGCAUUGUACCAUGUAAAGUAUUUUACGUGGGGGAGGGUGGUAAAAUACUUUGCAUGCCUUUUAUGAAGCACUGUGACGACUUUGCGUGCAAUUUAAAAAUAAAGUACACAUCUAACCAAACAAUGUAAUCUAUUUUACAUGCAAAAUGAUUGUUUCUCUCUACUUUGCAUGCAAUCACUUCGCGUGCAUAGAUUUAACGUGUAAACUACCAAACGAGCCCUAUAAGUUGUUAGGCUCAUCUAUUUAAAACGGUUCCUGUGUUCUGUAAAUAUGUAAAUGAGCUAGGAAUUUAUGUAUCAUAUUAUAUACAGUACGAUAUAUAGGAUAAUGAAAUACUUGGGGAUUGCGGUUAAGGAACAAUAAUUUUAAUGAGUAUGCUUAUUAGUGAACAUGUGGAGUAAUAAGGUUAACAUAUUAAGCACAUAUGUUAAAUAAGUACAUUAAAUUAAUAUACUCCGUAAAAGAAUUAUUCCAUCCAUCCCACAAUAAAGUUCUCAUUUCUGUGUUUGGCUGGUCAUAAAAUUAAUGGAUCGCUCUCAAUUAUAAGAUUGUUUUCAGUAAAUAUAUUUAAAUAUUCAGAAACUACAUUAAAAGAUUUAUAAGGUCUCCAAAAAGAAAUUCAAACAUGAACUAACAUGCGCAUUAGAGCAUCUCCAAUGGUAAAAUGUGCACGGUGCACACGUGGCAUGAAAAAUAGCCACAUAAAUAUUAGUAAAUAAAUUCUUUCUCUCCUUAUUUGAAUGAUUUUAUACAAUUUUGGUAAGUUUUUCUCCACACUGUCAAGGAGACCGUCUAGAUAUUGACAUUGUUGUUGACAUUGCAGGGAAAAACUUACCAAAAUUGUAAAAAAUCAUUCAAAUAAGGAGAGAAAUAAUUUAUUUGUUAAUAUUUAUGUGGCUAUCACUCAUACCACAUGUGCACCGUGGACAUUAUAGCAUUGGAGAUGCUCUUAGUUACGUGCUCAUUAAUUUUAUUAGCGAGAAAAAUCUACCAUAUCCUUCCCUUAUUAGUUACAUUCUCAUUAAUGUUAUUAGCGAGAAAAAUCUACCAUAUCCUUCCCUUAUUAGUUACAUUCUCAUUAAUGUUAUUAGCGAGAAAAAUCUACCAUAUGCUCAUUAAUCUUAGUUAUCUUACAUGCUCAUUGUAAAUUUGUACGGAGUAAUUGUAUUGCUGGUAAGAUUUUGUCUCAUGGUGUUGGCCGUGCAAUUGUAAUGGUCAACCCCUAUGCGGGAAACUACGGAAUUGAUGGUUCAGUAAUUCUAUCCUGUCUUCAUGAAUGUAGAUGAUAUGAUCCUCCGUAUGAUUUUAAUUUCUAUUUCUAUAUUUUAUGAGUAAAAUGUGUAGUAAUCGUUUUGUCUUUAAAUGAAAGGGGUAAGAGUAAUAAAAGUGGAGUAUAAAUGUAUUUUGAUUGAAAAAACUUAUCAAAAAAAGAAAAAAGAGACAACUGAUAAAAAGUGCCCCAAAAUGGAAUAAAAGGCAAUUAUUAAAGAACGGAGGGUGUAUUAUUUUUACUUUUUGUUUGAUUUUUCAAAUACGGAAUAUAACUUAUGAAUAUAGGCAUUCAAUUCAUUAUAUAACUUAUGUCGACAUGUUGCACUCUUAGUCUCAAAUAAAUGUACCUAGAAACAAUUUUUUUCAGUUAACACGACUUUCUUUUAAUCUAUGUUGUUCAAACUAGAUCAGAAAGUGACCCAUUCAAAACUUCAAAUGACUGGGUAAUAGGUCGACGCCUUCAAAACUUUAAACUAUUCCAGGUCAACUCAAACCUGGAAGGUCAAUCCGGUCGACGCCGAAAAAAUUGGUCAAUGUUGACCAAAAUAAAAACGUAAAUUUACGAAGUACGGAGUAUAUAAUUAAGUGGGGAAAAGGUGCAAAUAGGCCCUUGUACUAACCAAAAAAGGUCAAAUAAGCCCUUAUUUAGGAAGUUCUGUCCGGCCGUCGUCAUUUGAGGUAGUUCCCGGUGGAAUUUUUUGAUGAAAUUUUUU